GUUGCAACAGUUUUAGUUUCACAGCUGUUUCAACUUAUCUUGAUUAGAUCCAAUAAAUAUAGAAACCCAUUACUCUUUUCCUCGUGUUGGUUAUAUGAUCAAGAGGUGAAGCAGGUGCUUAGUGAAAUGAAAAUUCAGCUUAUAACCAUAGUAUUAUUCAGUUUUAUCGUUAAGGUGGUUUGCGACUUACCAGACUUGGUUGGAAAUGGUCUUGGGAAAACUACUAAAAAUGAAUGUAUUAAACAAGCUAUUUCUAAUAUAAUUGCUGGUUGUGUGGAAGAAGGUGUUGAUUCAUUAGAUCCUGUUUCAAGAAAGAUUCUGUCGGUGAAGUUAUCCAUUUGUGAAUUCAAAACAUCAGGUAUAGAUUAUCCUCACUCAUGUCAUGGAACAAAUAUUGAUUAUGAUGCAUGUAUAUUUGAAAUGAAAGCUUCUCCACAAUUCUGGACAACAUAUAGUUUGAAUUACAAAGAAAUUGCCAAUGUUUGUUAUCAGGAAUCUCUCCCAUAUGAAAAAGAUCAAAUACUUUCAUUGUAUGCCAAUAUUACUGAAGUGAUCGAUAAAGUAUUUCAUGAUUUCAAAGAAUCUAAUGAAUAUAAUGAAGAAAUGCAAAUAGAGCUCAAAAUAAAGUUUGAUUCUCUAUUAACUGCCAUGAAUGAAUUGGUAGAAGAAUAUAAACUGAAUCAACAGGAGGUAAAGAAUAAUUUCAAUGAAUACAAGGAAGAUAUUGAAAAUAGUUUGAAUAAUACGUUGGUAGUCAUUAAGGAUACGUAUGAUGGAAUCUAUACCGACUUUAGCGAAAUGGAAACUUAUGUUUUAUUUUUCACCACCCAAAUUAGAGAUGUAAAAGAAGAUUUUUCUAAAGUUGUAUCAGAUUUAGAACGAUUUAGCUCUGAAAUAGUUGAAAAUUUGGAGAAUACAUCUUUGGAGUCACAAGAAUAUACGGAAAAGAUUCUUCUGAAUUUUGAACAAAUAUGGGAAAGUAGUAAUGAGAACCAGAAGUUAGGAAACAAAUUAUCUUUAACUUUAAAGAAAAAUCAAGUCCUUGAGAAUGAAUUACAAUCUCAGCUUUAUCAAAUCGAUCAUGAACUAUUAAUUCAUAAUGAUUUAUUACUUUCAGAAUUCACAAGAUUGUUCCUUGAGUUAUCAAACAAGUUUAACCAAACUUUAGAAGAACAACUUAAUGUAACUGAUUCCAAAUUAGCUGAUUUCAUGAAUAACACUAUGAAAAACUUUGAUAUGAAGUUGAAUAGAACAGAAGAGAUCUUAAAUGGUAUUACUAGUAAGUUUGAGGAUAUGGUAGCAACGGCAAAGAUUGUUACUGGUUCAAUAUCAGAUAGUUUAUCCUUCAUAAAGACUAUUCCAACUAUAUUUCCAUUGUAUUACAGUCGUUUGGGUUGUUUAAACUUUCUUAAUAAUCCUUUAAUUUGGUCAAUUAUCAACGAUUACUUAUUUUCAUGGAAUACAAUUAUUCCUUCAUUGUUAACUUUAACUUUAUUUUGUGUCAAAAAUUCUAGAAAGUUGUUAAUUGUUCCCCAAGUUUUAAAUACAAAGAUACCAAUAAAGAUAUUCAAUUACAUCUUGAUAUUCACAUUAUUGCUUUUAAUAAUACUAUUCUCUAUAAUAAUGUAUAGAAUAGUACAAUAUAUAGACAGCAUAUAGAUCAAUAAAUUUCACUUAAGGGAUACGGCGGAACUCCCCGUAAAAGCUUUUAUGGGGAAAAAAGAAUCGCGCACAAAUUCAUACCGACUGAGAU